CAAAGAAUGCCGCCGGUGCGGCAGCCGUGCUGGCUGCAUGCUAAUGCCGGGUGCCGACGACUCGUCGUGUCGACUUCGUCGCGGCGCCGUGUUCUGCGUUCGUAAACACUGGCGGUGCCGAGGAUCAUGAGGUACCGUUCUACCCACACAUCGCCUCGGAGGUUCGUCGCCUACUACGUGGCCCGCCGGUUGCCGUUUGCCGCGGCGCUAAUCGGCACUGCUACGCCUGCAGACAAGCUACUACUACAGUUGCGAAGUUCGAAACGGUUUAGUUUCCUGGCGAGUCUGUAGGCCUAACUGGUUGACGGAAUCAAGACUGCGAGUGGGCCAGCGUUGACGCUGGUGUUUUGUUUCGCUCCGCUGCAUAUUCGUACUUGUAUGAACCGGGGCGGCUGGUCGGUAGAAAGUGCCUGGUAGUUCCGUGCACACGGCGAGCCGCUGUGCGUGGAAGGGGAAAUACUGGGCGCACGGGGACCGGACGCUGACGAUUUCGAGAAACAACUUGGUCACCCGCAUGUCUGCACGCAAGACGGAUUUCUCCGAAAAGCGGCCGCGACAACGAGGUUCGUUGCUCUGCUGGUGUCAACAACGGCGCCGGCUUUUGGAUGCCAAGUGCGCGUUUUUUUGUGAAGUGUCGUUCCGUCGAUUGGAGCUUGUCGCUUGCCGGUUCCUUUCAUUCAAGUUUAGGAUAACCUUUUUCCCUACCCCCUGAUCUCUUCGUGUCAAAUGACGAGUUGGAAUGUUAUUUGUUUAGACAGACGCAUGCAUCGUGACACGAAUUUGCCGUUUGUGUGCAAAUGUCGCUCAGGCCACGGCGACGGUAAUCGAAGCCACGACCCUCGCGACUUGUGACGGAUGACGACAGUGUGACAAGCAGUGCGUUCUUUGACUUCUAAUUGGGGCGACGAAGACUUCGACAACUCGAGAUGACACCACUGCGGCUUCUCGUCGUCCUGCCCUUGCUGGCUAUGGUCAUCCCGCUGGCCACUUCGCAGAAGGUCUGUGCCUACUCACGCCAGUCUUCGGUGCGCCUGCAACCAUCUAAGGCAGACACCGACGGGCACAAAGACCAGGAGCCUGCCAGCCAAGAUGACCACGACGCCGGGCGGAGCAGCGGUGACGAGCAUCAGCAACAUCGGCAGCAGCAGAAACAGCAUCAGCAGUACACGGACCACGAGCAGAAUCUGGCCACAGGGGAACUCCUGGACUCCAACACGACCGAGCGGUGCCCGCGAGGCUCCAACUUCUGCUACACGCUCUGGCAGGAGGAUCCCACAAACAAGACGACGCAGAUUAUCCUCACUCAAGGUUGCUGGGGCUCAUCAGGUGAAGUGGACUGCAAGUCCUCCAACUGCAUCUCUACCAAAAAGCCUUCCAAGGCUCUGAACAACACAAAGUUCUGUUGCUGCCUGGGAGACUUCUGCAAUGUCAACGUCACCGAUGGUUACAUUCCAACUGAUGAUGACAGCACAGAAAUAUAUCCUCCCGAGCAGUACCGUGCGGAACCGAGAGGCCAGACAGUGGUGCUUCUGAUAGUGGGGUGCCUGCUGCUCCUGGCAAUCACGGUAGGCCUGGUGGUGCUCUACUGGCGUUGCGCAGUACCAAAGCCCAAGCCAGGCCUUGAUUCGGCCCACCUCAUGGAGGCACCCCAGCUGCAGUCACCAAUGCUGGACCUGGACAGCCUCAAAAUACAGGAAACCAUAGGAAAAGGCCGGUAUGGCUGCGUUUGCAAGGGCUCCCUGAACGACUGCACGGUGGCUGUGAAGAUCUUUGCGCAGCACCACCAUCACUACUUUGCCAACGAGAAGGACAUAUACAAGCUCUUUCAUGGUGACCUUCCAUUCCUUCCAAGGCUGAUAGGUGCUGAUGAGCGUACAUGUCCUGACGGGAGGCGUGAGUGGAUGCUGGUGCUGACACAUGUCUCCAAAGGUUGCCUGCAGGAGCAACUGCGCAAGACCACUGUAGACUGGUCUGGCUUAUGUCGGAUGGCGCAGUCCAUCACCAGAGCACUGGCCUACCUACACACUGAAGAACCAAACAAGCCGUGCAUAGCCCACCGUGAUCUCACUUCACAGAAUAUCUUGGUUAAGGAUGAUGGAAGCUGCAUGCUGUGUGAUUUCGGCUUUGCCAUUCGAAUCUCUGGUUCCAAGUACAUUCAGAAUGGCGAAGAACAGCAUGCAGAGACCAACUCACUUGCUGAUGUUGGAACUCUAAGGUACAUGGCACCAGAAGUGCUCGAAGGGGCAGUCAACUUGCGGGACUGCGAAUCUUCACUCAAGCAGGUUGAUGUCUACGCACUUGGCCUAGUCCUUUGGGAAAUAGCUACCCGCUGCUCUGACCUCUAUCAAGGAAUGAGCGUGCCAGACUACAAGAUGCCAUUCGAGGCCGAAGUUGGGGCCUACCCUAGUACUGACCAAAUGCAAGUGCUGGUAGCCAGGCACAAAGCACGGCCACUUUUCCCUGACAUCUGGAAAGACAGCAACCCGGCUGUUCGUGCGCUCAAAGAGACGAUAGAAGACUGCUGGGACCACGAUGCUGAAGCCCGACUGACGGCAGUUUGUGUAGAGGAGCGUCUCGCUGAACUUCCUGUGUUAUGGGAAAGGCACAAAGCUGGCCUUAGUGUGGCAGGAGUGAGCCCAACGAUCAAUGCCACUUGGCCUCAACAGCCACGGGGACCUCCAUUGUGCCUUCUUGGGGGUGGCCUCUCUGCGACUGUGGCAUUGCAGAGGGACGCGGAGUGCAGUGAAACCACCACCGAGACGCUGCUCUCGCCCAGCCUCUCAUCGGAUGGCGGACAGCCCAAGAACAGCAUCACAAACAACGUGGUGCACCUUCCCAGCAUGCAACUACAACCGCACCAGGGCAGGAACCCGUGUCUCGAGCGGAACCUCAUGAUGGAGCCUGCGGAGGAGGUGGCCAUCAGUGGCAACACACUGCUCGAACAGGACACGGCUAAUCGAAGCAAGGGGCUGCCCUCUUACACCCAACUCAACGAGAUAUCCACAACACCCAUCACUGCCACAGCCGAAGACAACAGUGUAGCAUUAGCACUCGGAGAUCUGCUGGCAGGAUCUACGCGCACCUGCCACCCGAUCCCCUAUGUGCAAAACGCAGUCCACGUCUCCACUGUCAUACCCAAGCAGCCCAACCUGCCAGGCAAUGGGCACAAACUGCCGGCCACUGCCAAGAAGCCUUCUGAGAGACAGAAUCACCAUUCCGUUUGUAAACAUAUUCCGUAAAAGUACACCAAGGCCUCCAACAGUGCCAGCAAUGUCGAGAGCAGACCGCAGCGGCGUGGUCUGCGAUGUCUGUUUGGCCGCCGGUCGUGCGACAGUAAUGGCCAGGCAGCAAUGGUGACAGUUCGCAAAGACCAGGGCGCAGUGCGCUCUGAUCAAGUGAACACUGCUGGCUGGGCGGACAAGCUGCCGGUCAACACAGAGGUGCAGAUGAUGGUGGACAGGGCCUGCCGGGUCAGGCCUGUGUCUGCAGACACCGAGACGUCUCCGCUCCUUCAGAGCAAGGACAUCAACGACAACUGCAGAGCGGGUGAGGAGGAGGGCAGGCUCCCGCGACCCACCACGUUACCUCUGCGGGCGUACCUGCAGCCCAAGGGUGCCGCUACAGCAGACUCAAACUGUGCCGCUGCCUGCCGACCACUGUCACCGGUGCGGACAGGUAGCGAGCAGCAGGCAAAACCAAUCGCGCCACAGCCGCAGCAGUUGUGCAAUAGAGACGCCUGACAGUCCACCUCGUAGAUGUGCAGGCUCCGUCGCUUUCUUGUAAAAAUCACACAUGACAUUCAAUCGCAUCUCAACAAAGCUCUAUUGAAUACGAUGGGAACGAUACAAAAUUUCUCUAAUGGCUUGUGCAAAGACACAUACACUGCUGAUAACGUUGCACUUGCCGUUUCACCAAGCCUUGGCGCGGCACCCCCACUGCACGUAAUGCAUUGGUUGAUUUUGGGAAGCUUUUUUCCCCCUUGUGAUUGAGAGUGCUAGCCUUCGUUUAUGUUGCUUUGCAGUGGGAUCAAAUGUUCUGGUAUAUUCGAGACAAAUCUGUUGGGUCACACCUGUAGAAUGCAGAUUCUUGCUGCACCAAGUCAUCUUAAUUUAUUUGUGACUGUGCUGUAAGAUCCCAAUUGUAAUUAAGAAGUUAUCUCUCAAAAUUAUGACACGUCAGAUUUGGCUUCAAGAUUGUAUACUGGUGCAUACCUGCUGGCCUGUAAGCACGGAAAAAAUUCACUUUGUACGCCUGGGGUAGGAUAGAGUUUUUGUGCACCCUUAGAUGCAGCACAUGCCAAAAAACUCACUACAAGAAGUACUGGUAAGCAAAUUGAUACAACAAUUUUAAAUCAUGGCAACAAUGCCACAAAGUUCAUUUGCUUUAAGGAACUUUCUGGAUACUUGUUUUUUGUUAUAUGUGGGAUGAUAUUAUAUGAAGCUUUGACAGCACAUUCUCAACUGCUGGGAAGUGGAAACUUGCUCUUAAAGGGGUCCUGAAGCACUUUUUUAAAUAAUCAUUGAACGACCUCACUGCUAGAGAUCGUUGCCUCACAAUUAAAUGGCUCGAAAAUCUUUCCAAGUACAUCUAGAACAUUUGUAAGUCUUGAUGGAUUGGAAGCUGCCAGCAUAAAGCCAAUGGUGAAAGCUAUGAAGAGAGCGAGGAUGAAGUUCUGUAUGAAGAAAGUGUAAACUUUGACCUCCACUUGUAAACUCUACAUGCGAUAAACGACUGCGAAAUUUGACCGCGCUGUGCAUAGCAGUGUUUGCUGUUUGUAGGAUUUGCUUUUUCACCCGGCCUGAGGGGUGGUUCAGGACCCUUUUAGGUAGCACUGUUGUUUGCCAAAAGCGUAUGACAAACGUUGUUCUUCUGUUACAAAAAAAUAUAUGUUGGAUGAGUCGUCCCUAUUCAGUGUAUAUUCUCUUCCAUUUUACAGUACUGGAACCAAAUUUUUAUGAUUGCACACUUUCAUAAUUUAUCCAUUGCUGGUCUAACUUGAUUUAGAUCCAGUUGGUUUUGUUGCACUGCAGUACAAUUUCUCACAGGGUUGAUAUUGUUUUGGCUAAUUAUAUUUACAUUUUCUGGGCAAGAACAGUGCAACUGUAUAGGUUAACAUUAUUCCAUUUAUUGUGUGGCUCAUUCAGUGACUGACUGUUUUCAGGUAGUGCGCACUGAAGUGAUGAAAUGAUCAGGUCUCCAGACCUUAGCCAUAUUGAAGACAAGAGGAGCAACCUCAUUUGCCAAAGUAAAGUCUCAGACCUUGAUCUGCCCGAGGUUUGCAAUGAAAUCGUAUCACUUCAAAGAAAAAAAAAAAACCAAACCUUACUUACUGAAUUCUUAUGCUGAAACAGCACAACGGCCCUUUCUUCAAAUACCUCCUUGAAAUGUAGCUUACGUACUCCAUUCCAUUGUGGGUAAUGCUUCAUUGUGAGUAAUGCUUUUCCAGAAAUGGUGCAGAACCAAUAUGUUGAGACAGAAUCUGCCAGGCAUGGAACUCGUGAGAUAAGGAGGCGCACACAGCCAGUUUUUCUUACAAUUUACUAAAGGGAACUCUGGCACUGCGAUCAUUCAGCCACCGUGGGAAUGAUCUGUCGUACACGGAUUAGCCUAAUAUUUUUGCUGAUGGCUUGGUACAGCACUUUUGGUUUUGUUUAUUGUUGUGCACGGGUGUUUGUUUUGGAUAAAGGAAUGGAUCCUUGGGAGCUUCUUGAGCUGAUUUGAAUUGGUGAGCCUAAAAAGGUUAAGGUGGUGAAAUUUAACAGCUGAACAUUGGCUGAACUCUGUAUUUCAACAAAGUGGCUCCAACCCACACAGAGCCGCGCUGAAAGAAUGAAGCUUAGACAAGUCCGUGUACCACCUGCCGAUCAUUCCUUGGCUGAAGUGCCAUGUGUUGCAGCUUCCAUAGACACCAGUGCUAGAUUUCCCUCUAUUGUAUCAUUAAAAAGCUAUGGCACACAUGGAACACUGGGAAUCUCAGAGGCCAUAGUCUGAAACAUUUACUAAUCACCAAGCACCCAUGUAAUCGUCCAAGAUAUUGUGUAGGGGGUGCUAAAAAUAACAAGUCAAUUGGUGGCACUUGCAGCUUCACCGAAAUUGCUUUGGUUGAUAUAUACUGCUGCUCAUCGACAACCGAUUUCAUGAACUUUAGAUUUCGCAGUGAUUGGCCUUUAAAUAUUGAAUGACUGUUUCCGAGUGGAAUUCAAUUUACGGCCACAUCGGUAGCACGAGAGUAGGGCCGUGUAGAACGCAUUGGAAUUCUUACUCAAGUAAACUCAACCUUUUGUUUUGGUGCGCACAUGGCUGCUGAAAAGUUCAAGCACGUUGCCAUUCUAUAUGAGAAGCACACGUCUCCUCUUUCAUCCACUGAUCAGAUAAAUUCCCAAAAAGUGAUGCUGAGAGUGAUCAGUGCUUUCACCGUAUUUUCUGUAGUUGCCGCUGUCCUUCCAUCAUCAUCGUCAUAGUACACCACUCCUUCACAAGUCAUUCUGAAACGUAGAACACCAUGGUAGCUUUUGCUGUCUGUGGCUUUGGAUAUGUAGACUUGCUAGAAUAUACAAUCACUGGCCACAUCUGCCAUGCUGUAUUUUCGUUUCACCCUUUGUGUGCAUAGACCCUUCGUUGUAAUACGUACUUAGGCAAAAAAAUGGAAACGCGAAUCUUUCCAUCCAUGUAACUGUAAGCUAAAGGACCAGGUGUGGCACGCACUUAUGCUUUCAAGUGAAGCAUAAUGAAAGUAGGACUGGGCAUUCCUGUACAGUGGGUCAGACUUUGUUUGGAAAAAGGGGAUAGCGAUUGCUCCUGCAUAUCAAUUAAGUAUAGAAAUUUGCGCACCUUUAGUGUAGCUAUGAUAGCAAGUAACGCUUCGUGUACCUAAGAUGACAGUACUGUAAGCAGCCCAAUGGUUCGACAUGGCACACAAUGAAGAAAUGGUAUGUCAUGCAAGUUGUCUGCACAUAACAUUCUGAGGCAGAGAAGUACGUUGUUUCAGAUUUCACUUUUGGUUCGGUUAGACGCCCAAGUUGUGUGUGUCUAUUGACCUUCCUAUCACCUUAAUCUUUUAAAAUUACAAUUCAAUUUAUUGCUGCCACCUUGAGCUUUAUAUGCUAAAUUUGUACUCCCUAAUGCAUAGUUGCGUGAUCAGUCUGGAAAUACCUGAAGAGAUUCUUUAACAGGUAAAUUUGGCACUCACUGAGUAAAGUAUCAUUGCAGCAAGAAAAUGUUCACAUUAGCAGCACAGGAAAGGGGUCGACAGUAGCCAAAUCUAGUGUGGUGUCUGUAUGCAAUCGUCACAGAAUUGUGAGGUUUUCUUCUGCAACUCAGGAAAUCAACGAAAAUGUCACUGCUGUAGUAAAAUGUAGACUAGAUAGCCACGAUUAAUAGAAACGCCUAGAACAGUGGAUGACUACAUGGCAUUUCGAGUCAACCACUCAGCAUUUUUUCCUGUCCUAUUCUUUCUUUUUCCUGUCUCUGCGCUGUGAAGAUCGUCAUUAGUUUGCGUGCUUCAGGCCAGAAGCUUGUUUCAUUUUAGGAAUCUCUCCAGGUAGUUAGCACAAUCAUACAUAAUGACUACAGCAUGUUCAUGUGCAGACAUUGACUAUUCUAACUGGGUUGUGUGCGGUACAUACACUCUUCGUCAUUCUGAGCAGGGAAUGUUCCUACUUUCGGUUUGAAAGGAGCUAUCCAAGUUGUCCGUGGUCAAAAGUGAUCUCUGCAUCUACAGGGCGCUUUCCUGGUUAUGUCACUAUUGCUACGCUCUAUGUCAUGUGCUAUAGUUUAAAAGCAUUGAAGAGCCAAUGUUUCUCUCUGGCACAAGUCUGGAAGGAAUUCCUCGCUGGCGUUUUGGUAGUGAUGGCAGUGGCGUCGUGUUUUUCAUCGUGUAAAUUAGUUGUGUAAUGCCGAAAAAAAAAAAAACGGUAUUGAAAAGAAUGCCUUUGGUUCUCAAAUCUUCCUGAAUGGAUUCACAAAAGGGAACAGUUGAUCUAAGGCAGGAAGAAAGUCUCGAAGCUGUGAUAACUCUGCUGAGGUUUUUGUUCUUCGAAACGAAUUACCAACAAGAGAUUGUGUGUGGUGAAAGAGUUGUGAAUGGAAUGCCAUCUGUACUGCUAAUGAAAGACUGUUGUUGCCAGCCAUAUAUGGAGGACACAUUGCCAACACCUGCUGGCUGGAGUGUGCUCCUUGGCACUAGUGUCAUUGAAGCAUGGUACUGCUGUACAGAGGGCGUGCCUUAUGGAAAGCAUGCAUGUGUGACUGUGUGUUUAUAUACAGACCAAUGGUACUGCUACAGUCAUGGUUGUCACUGGAGUUGUGCCGUUUAGCGUGAACCAGCCUAUAGUGCAGGUGGUGCCUCUUGAUCCUUCCUGCCCCGUCAUUAAAUUAGAGGCAGGGAGAUCCGAGAGAACUGGUGGCGUUGCUUCAGCAAAUUAGUGAAAGAUUGCCUUGAAUGACUACCAACGCACGACCUGCACAACUGCUCGCCUUGUUGCAUGCUCAUACCUUGUGAAUGUACUUUCAAGCAGGACUCUACUGAUCAAGUGCUCUGUGCUAAGUGUUUGAGAGGAAAAAAGAGGAACAACAGAACCUGCACAACUGUGCGUGCAGUAAGAUUUUUUAAAACCAUGUCAGCAAAAGCUGAAAUUCCUUUGGAGCUGAGGUGCUGUCACUGGAUAGGACGAUGGCAACAUGUGACACAAUCUUCGCCAGUGCUCUGUAACUUUUUGCAAGCUUGGCUUUUCCCUUUGUACAUUUCUUGUUUAGCGUAAGUGCUUGUAUGUGUGCAAGUUGGUAAUUUUUUUUUCACCUAUGACUGGUCCAGACAAUUUAGUACUUCUAGGAAGGUUGAAAUGCUGAUGAAAAUUCAUAGCAUAGUGUGCAGAAAUGGGAAAGAAAUUUGAGACAUCUAGAGGUGUAAAGCUAUACCUCUCUUUAUGAAACACCACAUGCGUAAAUAAAUGCAUCUGUGGAACUUCAAUUAUGCAGACUUGCCUACAUGAAUAAAUACAUUUUAUAUAACUGCAAAUGAAUAUAUUGUGACUACCAUUAGUGAUUGUUAAAACAAAACACUUCAGAGAGCCUUAGAUUUUCAUAACUGAAUUCAAAAUAUGUUUAACAUGUGUGGUUCUGAAAAAGAAGAGACAAGAACACAAUAAUGAGGAACAGAUACAGGCACCAAAUUUUAUCGUUCAUACAAUUUGCUACCCUCCCCGUUGGCACAAUAUUUAUUCAUAACACGUUGGUUAGAUCAGCCAAAAAUAAUCAAGGUUUGCUGUUUGGAUCAUUUUCUGUAGGUGAAGAAAACUGGCUACAAAUCGCUCUGCUUGCAGUUAUUAAUAUAGGGUAACUAAAAUCAUGCAGAAGCAUCCAGUAAGCAAAACUUGGUGCAUGGAUCAGCUUCUGGUUGUUAAAAUGUUCCAAACCAUGGACUCGCAUCUUUUUCAUGUUUUUCACAAUUUGGUGAAUAACCUUAUGUGAGCAAGUUAUUCAAUGUCCAGUCUUUCCUGUUGCUAUGUACAGAGAGUCAACAAGCAGCGAACUGUGCAGUUAUUUUUUAACCAGCCUUACAUUAACUGAGAUGCUAAAACUAGGUCAGUGUUGAUUGAUUGAUACGUGGGGUUUAAUAUCCCAAAAUUGUCAUAUAAUUAUGAAAGACGCCGUGGAGGAUUCCAGAAAUUUCGACCACCUGGGGCUCUUUAGAGUUCAUCCAAAUCUGAGCACACGGGCCUACAGCAUUUUUGCAUCCAUCGAAAAUGCUGCCACCACAGUCCGGAUUUGAUCCCACGACCUGUAGUCAGUACCUUAGUCCACUAGACCACCACGGCGGGGCUUGUGGUGCCAGCCUUAGUUCACUUAUUGUCUUACUAUCCCAUUUGCAUUGCAAGUGUGCUAUAAUAGAACCAAUAGAAUUAUUUGCACCAACCUUUCAUAAUUGGAUCCUUUGACUGUAUGGGUGAGAAUCGUUCUGGCAAGUGAUUCAGUGACUUCACAGUACUGAUGAACACAGUAGCAAUAGAAGUAAACCCACUUUCAUGUAUUACAAAGUGGUUGAAAGUGUCUUGUUAGAUUAACAAUUAAGCAGUGCCAGAAUGAAAUUGAAAAUAACGAUGUGAGAGUUUUGUCACACCUAUAGCAAACAGCUUCUUGAUGUUUCCUAUUCCCCGUGUUAUGUACAAGGCAGAGUGAUAGCAGUGUACGGCGUUUGCUCACCAAAAAAUGAGACUGAAGGAAGCCAUAGCACAAGUUCUCGUAUCGUUAUAUGUGAUGAUCAUAUGUGUUCAGGGUAAGGCCAAGUGAUAGGGCGUGUAGCUUCCAAGAAAACACUACAGCUGUGCGUGCCUACUCGUUGUAGUACCAAGUUGCCAUGGUGGCUCUGGUCUACAAGUGUGUGUAGGGGGGGGGCUUUCAUGUUUUUUUUUUUGCGAAGCAGUGCGUUGAAAGGUGAAAUGCUGCUUGUUUUUUUUUUUCUUUGAGCUCCAUAGACUAGACCAAAAUGAUAAGGGAGGGCAAGAAUAAAGUCAUUUUUAUGGUGCGAAUGUAGGUACGAAAGUGAGCGAGAGAAUCAAGUGUGUGUGCGUGCUUGCAAAAUGUGAUGGCAUUGUUUGUUAGCGAGAGAGAAAGGACUUUGGUGCGUUGUUUGUAUACAGUCUUGGAGACGGAUUCAGAGAAGAAAGAGUUUACACAUGUGCAGCGAGUUUCUCCGGUCUUCUGACAUCCAUCUGUGAACAACUUUGUUUUCAGUUCUUCAGAUUUACUUUCGUUCCUUAUGUCUGACAGCCAUGUUUUUUAGCAACAUGCAGCAUGUAUUGGUCUGUCUUGUAUUGAAACCGCAACGCUUUUACUAAAUGUGUUUGCUGCCGACAGAACGUGAAUGCAUUUGAAAAGCGCCAAACAUUAUUAAUCAAGUGGCCAUUUGAAUACUUGCUAUUGAAAAGAGGGACUUAAUGGAACCAUUGUUUUUUGUGUUUGUUUCUAAGAUAUUUUUUUAAGGAGCCCCUCAAGUAAACAAACUCCUGGUUAGUUUUUAUUUAUUUGUUGCUUCCUGUCAAAGUUAGAACAUGCUGGUGCUGCGUUUUUGAUCAAUAAAUUUUUUUUGCAUGUUUGAA